AUGAUGUGGUUCAACGAUACGAAUAAUGAUGGGAAAAUAUCUAAAAAUCCUCAUCGAAGAAAAUGUGCCUUUUCUAUUGCGUGUGUGAUAAUUGGACUAUUGAUAUGUGGCAUCGCACUGGGCGUUGGUCUUGGAUUACAUUUAGGUUCUACUUCAAAUAAUGAUGCAACCACUAUAUCUUCAACGAGUCAAGCAAAUGCAUCAACAACAGUAGGACAAAACACAGCAACAACAAUGGUUGCGAACAUAACAUCAUUAUCUACGAGUUCAACUAAUACUAUACUGAUCAACUCAAGUACGUUGGUACCAACAAUAUCAAUGACAACGAAUGUAUCACUAAUUUCAACGUCUUCAACGGCAUCGAUAGCCACACCCACCACUUCGACCACAUCAAUCACUUGGACAUCCUCAACAACUUCGAUCACACCCACCACUUCGACAACCUCGACUACUUCGAUCACACCCACCACUUCGACAACCUCGACUACUACAGCACCGACGUAUUGUCCAAACUGGACAUGGAACGGCACUGGAAUAAUAGUUGCUGGUACGGGAACUAGUGGUUCUGCAUUAAACGCACUAAACCAACCGUGGAAUAUAUUUAUCGAUUCAUUAACAGAUAUUCUUUAUGUCGCUGAUUCACUAAACCAUCGCAUUAUCAAAUAUCUACCCAAUGCAACAUCUGGAAUAGUCGUAGCUGGCACUGGUAGUAGUAGUUCACUAUCUAACGGGUUAAAUACACCAAAAGAUGUAUUUGUGGACUCAUCAGGAAAUAUUUUCGUUGCUGAUUCUGUAAAUCAUCGUAUACAAUUUUUUCCAAAUGGCAGCUUAACAGCCUCAACAAUUUCAACAACUUGGAAUGUUGGCACUGCUGUGUGGGCGAACGGUACGGCUGUAGCUGGUAAUCAAGGAGCCGGUAGUAAUUUGAACCAAUUGAAUCAACCGCAAGGCUUCACCAUCGAUACGCAGUAUAACAAAAGUACGAUGUAUAUAGCAAAUUCAAAUCAACACACUAUAGUUCAAUGGCUACCAGGUGCAUCAGCAGGUACCAUAGUCGCUGGUAUAAAUGGUGUGCGAAAUGGUCUAAAUACGACGUUUGAUUUUCCAUUAGCUAUAAAACUUGAUUCUUAUGCCAAUCUAUUCAUUGCUGACAAUAAUAAUCAUCGUAUUCAACUGUAUUGUCGAUAUCCAAAUGUUAGUUCAACCGGACGAACUAUAGCAGGCACAUCAGGGAUAUCUGGAAGCACACAAACGUUGCUAAAAUAUCCAGCUGGACUUGCUUUAGAUUCAUUGUUGAAUUUAUACGUUUCGGACACGAGCAAUAAUAGAGUACUAAAAUUUAUGCGUAUUACGUAA